CAGCCGCUGCAGCUCCGCCACCUCAGCCUCCUGCCCCAGCUCGGUCGCCAUGAUGGGGAAAAGUGCGGCCUGGCCUGGCAGGAAGUCCCGCCUCUUGUGCCGCGCUUCCGCUUCCGGCCGAUGCCCUUGCGCUGCGCCUCUGGCAAGAUGGCGUCGCUGUGGCUGUGGCGGGCCGGGUUGGGCGGGCGGCCGGCGGCCGUUGUCCUGAACAGGUAUCUCUUGGCUAGACCAGCGGUUUCCUUGACUAGACCAAUUGAGGAUUAUUCUUCUUCUCGUCGUCAUCAGAUAUGCAAAUUUCACACAUCUGCCAGGAUUUUGGCUGGUUCAAAGGCCGCCUCUCUCCACUGGACCAGCGAGCGAGCAGUCAGCAUCCUCCUGCUUGGACUCCUGCCAGCAGCCUAUCUGUAUCCUGGAGCAGCUGUGGAUUACUCCCUGGCGGCAACUCUCACACUCCACGGGCACUGGGGCCUUGGGCAACUUGUAACUGACUAUGUCCACGGAAAGACCUCCAUUAAACUGGCCAAUGCUGGCCUCUACCUACUUUCGGCAGUCACCUUUGCAGGCCUCUGCUACUUCAACUACCACGACGUGGGCAUCUGCAGGGCGGUGGCGAUGCUGUGGAGCCUCUGAUCCCUGCCAAGAGAGUCCAGCAGCUGUUCACUGCUGCCUCUGCUUCUUUACACUAUUACUGAGCCCUUGAGGGUGGGCAAGAGAACAACGAAGGGCAUGCUUUGCAUGUAGCAGAAAGGCUGCUGGGAAACACCCACAUCCAUGUCCACAGCUGUUGCCAUUCAGAAGAUCUGGGAUCUCUCACUAAGGCGAGAAUUAGACCCGAACAAAGCUAGGGAAAAGCACCCAGGCAAAGCUUUGGCUUAUGCUGGGAGCCUCUACAGAUGGGAGGCCCUUGACCUUUCAAACUGCAGGCUCAGCUAAGCAUCAUUCAUGUUGAUAAUCCCAUCUUGAGUUUCUGGCUCUUUUGUUGCAAAUGAAUGAAGUAUAUACAUGGCAUCUUGCACAAUGCAAAAGGGAAGUCUAAACUAUGUACAAUAAAGGAUUUGUAGAACCUGCAACUGCGCGAGUCUGAAAUCCAGGGUUUGCCCAUUCCGUUGUCUCUGGAGAUGUCAGGUUUUGUUGGGCAGAUUUAUUCUUUUGAUGAUUGAGUAAAGUUGAGAAAAGAAGUACAUACUUCAUUUAAAUGUAUCAUCUUACGUUGUUUAAAAAAAAAAA